AUGGACCAAGUUGGGCAAGCGAGGUGGGAUCAAAGUUUAACAUGCAAAGGCGGACCGAAGCAUCACCACUUGGAGCCGCUUGAUGCAAUCCCCACUCCAACGAUCCGCAGAGCACUGUACCGUUUAUUACUGGCCAAUCGUGCGCUGUGGAGCCUCCUCCCAUCCAACGAUCUGUGCCGAGGCGAUGCAGGGGCGAAGACCCUGGCCGCGGCAGUCUCGAGCGUCACGAAGAUGGAGGAGGUGUCCCUGAACCUGCAGAUGUGUGACCUAGGCGCGGAGGGUGCCGGUGCCCUCGCCAGCUCCAUCGGCAUGCUGGAGAAGAUGCAGAAGCUCAGCCUGAACCUGAAGGGCAACAAUCUCUGCGAUGCAGGGGCGAAGACCCUGGCCGCGGCAGUCUCGAGCGUCAAGAAGAUGGAGGAGGUGUCCCUGAACCUGGAGAUGUGUGACCUAGGCGAGGAGGGCUUGCUCUCCUUGCUGGAGGCGGGCCACAACAGCUUGUGUGCAAGUUCUCGGCCUCCCAAGCCCCUGCUUCCGGUCGAGUGUCGAUGCCUCUGGGAUUCUUUUGUUUUCUUGAUCCUGAUGCUCUCGGGAGUCCCGCAGGCCCUCCGAGCGACCAGCCCAGCGUCGACCCAGCUCGACCUCGGCGAAAGCGACAUCGGAAAGAAGGGCGUCUUCGCGCUGGCCAGGGCCCUCCGUUCCGGGGAGGCGGGGCCUUCCGAGGCGCUGCAGAAGAGAGAUCCCGACAUUGUUUCUUCUGUGCCACACUUCUUCUCUCUCUUCUGCGUCCCUGUUUGCAAUCAGGUGAAGGGCCGGGUCACUCAUCCGGUGGUGGAGUUCUUGGCCGAGUUGGAGGCUCGCGCUAUUUCUUCGAAGUGUGGUAAGUUCUUCAUUUUCCCGGGGUCCGCCGAAAGUAGUGCUGAGGGUUGUUGCCCGUCGGCCAUGCCUCUGCCAGGGAUCUCAGCGAGGAGCCUUGGGGCAAAGUAUCUUCCAAAGAGCCGGAAUUCCCAACCCUGGAAAUCGGAAGCCCUUCCAACCCGAGCCACCUUUGCUCGGCACGCCCGCUCGUUUCCCUGCGCGUCAUGGGCUCUCUUCGGGCAGCGCCCGGGGGUGCGGGCAGCCACGGCCGCCGCCGCCGUGCAGGACAGAGAAUUCAAAGAGUUCGAGGAAGCGCAGAAGCUGAAGCUCGACCUCAGCGCCUACAGCCGGCGGCUCAGCUCCGGAGCCGAGGCACCGCCCAUGGCCCUCUUCCGAGGCGAAGCCGAAGCCGAGAGGUUCCGGCGGCUCUUCGGACCGCUCUGCCGGGCGCUGCCUAAGCUCCCGGAGCCGCUGCGAGAGCUGGAGCUCAAACUCAGCGGCCAACGCGACUUCGGCGCUGCCGGGGCCCGGGCCCUGGCCGCGGGCCUCCGCGAACAAAAGGAGCUGCAGACGCUGGUGUUGUGGCUGGGUGGCAACUCCGUGGGCGAGGAGGGCACAGAGGCCUUGGCCUCCGCCCUCCGCGAGCUGACGCAGUUGAAGACGCUCGUGUUGUACAUGAACAACAACCGCAUCGGCUCUGCCGGAGCCACCGCACUGGUGGAGAGUUUGCGGGAGCUGCGGCAGCUCACAAACCUCCAAGUUGAUCUGCAAAUCAACGGGCUCAGCCCGGGCGAGGAGGUGCAGCAGAAGCUCCGGGCCGCCUUCGAUUCACUGCCGAUGGUGGGCGAGAAGAAGAUUUUCCUUUGA